ACAACCUCUAUUAACGUGAUAUUCACCAUGGAUGUCAAUCGAGAACAGCGUAUUAGCGCUGUAAAAGCAGAAUUCCAAUCGACUAAGAAUCGAUCGAGCUCUUCACGUAACUGGGCGGUAAGUCGCCGAACGUUGAAUCGAAGGAUAGCAGGUAUCCCAGAUCGGGUAACUUCCCACCAAAAACAGCAGCGGCUUUCCCCUUUACAAGAGAAGUACGUUUCUGAAUAGGUUAUUGAAGAAGACCAUGCUAGGCG